AUGCCAUAUUCUUUUUUUUUAUUAUAAUUUAUGUAUAAUUUAUGUAUUCGCAUCAACACUGAUUAAUACGUCCAUUAAUAGAUGGCGCAGAUCUCAUCUGUGUAGAUGGUUUAGUUAGUAUAUAUUCUUGGCCAUAUUUCUGUUCGUUUUAAUUGCAGUACGAAAACAUGUUUUAAUUUAAUGUUAAUAUAUUAAAUACAUAUAAAUUAUAUAUUAUAUAAAAAUCUUUAUUAAAAUUACAUUCAUUCAAUGAACAGGGUUUAUUAAAUAAAAUUACAGUGAACAGUAUUAAGCAAUACAAUUACAUUCACUGAAUUAAUAAGAUUUAUUAAAUCAAAUUUCAUUGAACAAAUAAAACAGAAAAUGGAGAAGAUUGGAAAAACAAAAGUGAAACAAGCCAUUGAAUUCCUUUGGUUAAAUAAAAAAAAUAUGUCAAAAAAGAAAGCAAAUGUGAGAAAGAUUGAAAAAUCACAGAAUAGUCAUAAUCAGUGUAAAAUUAUUCACUAUUAUAAAAGAAGUAAAAGACAACAUCCAAUAAGUUCUUCAAAAUACAGAAUACUUUCUGAAAUAAAAUCGCAUGUAAAUAAAAAAAAUUGGAGUAAAGCUAAAAAUCUACUUUUAUUAUUACUAAAUUUGUCUAAUGACAUUGAACCUUUAAUAUGGCGUUAUUGUCUUAUAUUUACGUUAUAUGGUCAUGUUGAUAAUUUAGCUAAUGUUUUUCAAUUUUUUGAAAUGUGCAUUGGUUCUUUACAUUCUGAUCAAAAUGUAAUAUUAAAAAAUAUAUUGUAUUUAGAUCAUAAACAAUUAUUACAGUAUAAAUAAAAUGUUUUAUAGAAAUAUAUAUUUUAUUUAUUUUCACAACAUGCACUAAUAGUUAAAUAAAUUAAUAUUUUUAAUUUAGAAUUCAGAUUUUAAUAUAA